AUGAAGUACCACGGAACAAUUCUAAUUCUUGGCCUGCUGUGCUUAACUGGAGUUCAUGGCUGGGAUACCGAGGAACUAGAAAUUUUCGAUUUAGUCGAAGAAAUAAAAACAAACUUUUACGAGUUCAUGGGAAUCGGCCAAAAUGCAACCAGUCAAGAGAUCAAAAGAGCAUUCCGUGGCCUUUCCAUACAGCUCCAUCCUGACAAAAACCCUUCUGAAGACGCGAAUAUUCAGUUUAGAAAUUUGGUUUCCAUAUAUGAAGUCUUAAAGGAGCCGACAAAGCGUGAAAAAUAUGAUAAAGUUCUAAAAGAAGGGCUUCCUAACUGGAAGUCAGCGCUGUACUAUUACCGCCGAAUGCGUAAAAUUGGUUUGUACGAGGGAGCAGGUAUUCUAUUCCUUAUUAUCACAGUCGGCCAAUAUCUGUUUGCAUGGGCUGCUUAUUUGGAAAAAAGAUAUACUGCCGAACAAGUGCUAGGAUCAAAACUGAAGAAGUUACAGAAAAAGAACAAAAACAUUGAUAUGGAUACCAUAUUGAAUGAGAUACCGACACCUUCAUUAAAAAAUACCUUACCGGUACAAAUUCCUAUGUUUUUGUGGAAUUUGCCAAUGACUAUAAAGGAAACGUUUAAUAAAGCAAAUGAAUUAAAGGAGAUGGCUCUGGAAAAAAGAAGACAGGAAAUAGAAGAGGCCAAACGUUUGGAAGAGCAAGAGAGGGAAGCAGAAGAGCUCGUGCGCCUAAGAAAAGAACAGAAGGAAAACUUACGCAGGCGGAAACAAAAUAUGAAAGCUCCCGAAAAAACAGACGAGGAAUUAAAGGGAUUUUCCCAAAUACAGGCAAGGGAAUUGACAGACAAUGAUGCAGUGAAACCAGUCACUCAAAAGACUACUCUAAGUGGUGGUUUUUGGACGGAUGAAGAUUUAACAGAACUUAUACGUCUUGUAAAAAAAUACCCCGCCGGCAUGAGCAAUCGUUGGGUUGUAAUCAGCGAAGCAAUGAAUCGAACCGUGCAAGAAGUUACAUUCAUGGCUGCCAAAAUGAAGGAAAACGGAUAUCGACUACCCGGCCAGACUGAUAGCGUUGCUGAAACAAUCGUUCAGGAGACGCAACAAAUCGUUAAAAAAGAAAAAACCAAACAGGACAAAAGUAUAAUCAUUCCAGAAACAAACUGGUCACAGGAACAGCAAAAAGCUUUAGAGGCAGCUAUUGUUAAAUAUAGAAAAAGUGCUGGUAGUGAUAGAUGGCAGAAAAUUGCCAAUAGUGUACCUGGUAAAACAAAGGAAGAAUGUUUAGUUCGAUACAAGUACCUAUGCGAGUUGGUGAAGUCACAGAAAAAAUCAGAGGAGUCUGUAGCCAAUGAAGUAAAUACAGAACAAGUUCCACCUGAAGAAGCGAUAGUAGAAAAUAAGCCAAAGGAAGUUGCUAAGCCAGAUAACAUUUCUUCCCCUGUCACUGCCGAGGAUUUAGCUGACGAGUUUUCAGGGAAAGGCAAAAAGAGGAAUAAACGCAAAGAGCGAAGAAGGCGGGAUUUAUCCAGUGACGAAGAUUCUGAUGACGCUUACAUAUAUGAACAAAACUAAUUUAUAUAUUUUUUU